UCGCAACUUCAACUUCGUUCAAAUUUCUGCUGCCUACGACGCCUUUCGUCUGCUAGCCAUUUUCCAAACAUCUCUCAAAAGUCAGCAACUCCAGACCGUCUCUACCCUAGUGCUGUCCCCAGUGCUUAUGACGAUAUGGAAUCUGUCAGCGACACCUCCUGGGAUGUCGUCAUCUGCGGCACUGGCCUGCAACAGUCAUUGCUUGCUUUAGCCCUCUCGCGGUCUGGCAAGAAGAUUCUGCAUGUAGACCCAAACCACUUCUACGGUGGCGCCGAGGCGGCUUUCAGUCUGCAGGAUGCCGAGUCGUGGGCCAACGAGGUAUCCGCAAAGGAUGCGGGCCUCUUCAGGUCUGCGUCCGUCGCCAGGCAUGAGAGUGCUGCCGGCUUGUCCUCCCGCUCCUACUCCUUGGCGAUGGCUCCAACCUUGAUUCAUGCCCGCUCGGCCUUGCUCUCACAGUUGGUCUCGUCCCGUGCCUACCGCCAAGUCGAGUUCCUCGCCGUGGGAUCCUUCUUCAUUUUCAGGCUCCCCCAGGAUUCCGCCCAACAGCCUGCCUUGAUUCGCAUUCCAUCUACUCGCGAAGAUGUCUUCGCAGCAACCACAAUUUCAAGCAAAGCGAAGCGAGGGCUUAUGAAGUUCCUCAAGUUCGUCCUGGACUACCAGAACCCGCCGCAGCUGGAAUUGUGGCAGUCGCAUGCCGAGGCCCCGCUUACCGAGUUCCUGCAGCAAGAGUUCAAGAUGGACGCCGAGUUGCAGACGUACAUUGUGACACUGACGCUUUCGCUGAAUGGCAAAAUUACCACCAGAGACGGGCUGGCUGUCAUCCGUCGCCAUCUCUCGUCGAUGGGCGUCUAUGGACCAGGGUUCGCGGCUAUCUACCCCAAGUGGGGAGGCCUCUCCGAGGUUGCUCAGGUAUCGUGUCGAGCUGCUGCAGUCGGCGGAGCUGUGUACAUGCUUGGAGCCGGUGUUCAGGCAGUGGAGACCGCCGGGGAUGAGGUCAAACUCGAACUAUCAAGUGGCGAUACUGUCAAGACCCGGAUCCUGGUACGCGCCGACGACAACCCGAGCGAGCAAACGGGCAUCAGUAGGCUGGUGGCAGUAGUAGGCUCGCCGCUGACCUCAAUGUUCGAGGUCGUUGUCGAGGGAGCAUCGCGUCCUGCGGUAGCAGUCGUCGCUUUCCCCGCUGGUUCACUCUCAACCCCAGCUGGUAAGGCGUCUGAAUACCCGGUUUAUCUGUCUGUUCACUCCAGCGAUACCGGUGAAUGCCCCGUCGGUCAGAAUGUUCUCUAUCUUACUACGCUCUCGACUCCGGAUUCCAGACAACUCCUAGAAGAGGCACUAGAAGCCUUUGUUGGGACCGCCGGGGAAGGCCAACCCGCCCAGAUCCUGAUCCAGAUCCGUUAUGAACAACUUGCAGGCUCGGGAAGCUUUCAACCAGAAGGCCCGGUCAUCACUUUUCCUAGUCCUUCAUUCUCCCUCUCCUUUGACGACUCCGUCCUGGAACCUGUCCAGCAGGCCUGGAAAAGGAUAAUGGGCGAUGCAGCCGCCGAGUCAGACUACAUGAGUUUCGCCGACCGAGAGGGCGCAAUGGAUGAUGAUGAUGUAUACGAGUAAUCCGGACAAAUGGUAAGGCUUGGUUUUAAUUUUUUCGCGAUACCACCAGAUUGGCUUCAGGCCGCUGUUCAAUGAAAUGCAAUACUAUUUGAUUGUAUCUUAAGUCCAGUCGAUUGUUUCUAUAGGGUUAAUGUGCCAUCCUUGCUGGCUAGCAAUCAAGAAUGUUUCCAUAUCCUCGACCAUCCGGUUCGACUCUUGAAUUCUCGAACCUGUCUUCCACUACCCACGAAACUCCCUAAGCCGUUCCCUGAUGCAGCAAAUGAAUCCGAGAUCUGAGAACAAAGCCGUAUAAAUCAGUGUCAACGCCAGAAGCCUCCGAUAUGAGC